AUGUUGGUGGUGGUGGUUGUGCUGCUGGUGCUGCUACUGGUGAUGAUGCAGCUGCUGCUGGUGAUGAUGCAGCUGCUGCUGGUGAUGAUGCAGCUGCUGCUGGUGAUGAUGCAGCUGCUUCUGAUGACAGUGGAGGUGUUGAGAUCCUUCGAGGUGGUGGUGGUGUUGAGAUCCUUCGAGGUGGUGGUGGUGUUGAGAUCCUUCGAGGUGGUGGAGGUGUUGAGAUCCUUCGAGGUGGUGGAGGUGUUGAGAUCCUUCGAGGUGGUGGAGGUGUUGAGAUCCUUCGAGGUGGUGGUGGUGUUGAGAUCCUUCGAGGUGGUGGAGGUGUUGAGAUCCUUCGAGGUGGUGGAGGUGUUGAGAUCCUUCGAGGUGGUGGAGGUGUUGAGAUCCUUCGAGGUGGUGGUGGUGUUGAGAUCCUUCGAGGUGGUGGUGGUGUUGAGAUCCUUCGAGGUGGUGGAGGUGCAGAGACUUUUGGAGUUGGCUUCCUCCCUUUCGAUGGCUGCACGCGCUGCGCAGGCUGAGGUCUCAGGGCAAAAGAAACUUACUCCGUAA